AUGCCUGAGAUGAUCGUGGAACACUCUACUAGGCCACUCGUAGUACCCGAUUACGACAAGUCCUUAGGUGAGGUCUUUCAGGAAGCUACGAGAGCAGCACUGUUUAAGACGAUGGAACUUGACCUUCGCCACCUUCCGAAUAUAUUCGCGUUCGUGUCCCAUCCGGUCAACGCUACCGCGGAGACAAUUAAAGACUUCUCCAGCUGGGCGCCUCGCUGGGAUCGAGAGUGGGAUGCUCUGGCUGACCCUCCACGUCUUCUACCAGCCUUCAAUGCUGCUAGAGACUUGCUAGAACUCCCUCGUUCGGUCGUGGAAGAAACAUUGCGACCUUCUCGCAUACUACGCAUGGCGGGCUACGAAGUCUGCACGAUCGCCGCUGUUUCGUCUGCCGCGGAAAUAAGCACGCUCGCCCAAUGGCAGACUGUUCCAUUUUGGCUGCAGGAGGUUGGACAUCUGGUUGCACAGGCCGAAACCCUGUGUGGCCGAACCAUACCAGCGCUCGAACUUGCGAGUGUGCUUGUAACAGAGCAUGAUCACAAUCGUGACAAAUCUGGAGAUGACUUUCUUGAAGGCUUCCUGCACUUGCAGUCUAUACUGGAGCAGACGGCGGAGUUACCACCAGUACCAUUCAUGUUACCACCAGACCCAGAUCCGAAAGUGACAGCGGCUAGUCUCUUCGGCCACGCUAUACAUCACACCUGCACGAAUCGCAAAUUUCUGGUUACGGCUGAUGGUCGGAUGGGACUCGGUUCGAAGGCUAUGCAGAAAGGCGACAAAGUGGUGCUACUCUGCUAUGGUUCUACGCCGUACGUGCUUCGACCACUGGAAGAGCUUUCUCUCUUCCUUGGCGAGGCGUAUGUAAGUGGGAUGAUGCACGGCGAGGUGUCAGCAGAGAUCUUAGCGAGUAGAGACCCGCCAGUCACCUUCGACCUGAUCUGA